UUGGAAUCCAAAGAACUUGAAGAGGGAGCCAAACGAGAUUUUUGAGUCUUUAUAGGCUUGCUAAACCAGAUACUUAGCACACAAAUCAAAGUCCGUGUGUUCCGAAAAGCAGCAUUUUCAUACUAGAAUUAAGAAAUAUCAAGAUUUAGAACAUAAAUAUCUUGGACUAUUCAAAAGAACAACAUGGGAGAAACUGAGGAAAGAAUGGAAACUCAUAGAAUAAGAUGUCUUUCCAAGUUGAAGAUGUUUCUGUUGGCAAUAACAUGUGCAUUUGUAUCCAAAACACUAUCCGGAUCUUAUAUGAAUACCAUGCUCACACAAAUAGAAAGACAAUUCAACAUCCCAACAUCUCUAGUUGGAUUUAUUAAUGGAAGUUUUGAGAUUGGAAAUCUUUUGUUGAUUAUAUUCGUGAGUUAUUUUGGACCAAAACUGCAUAGACCAAUAAUGAUUGGUGUUGGAUGUGUGGUUAUGGGCCUAGGGUGUUUCUUACAAUCACUACCUCACUUCCUCAUGGGCCGAUAUGAAUAUGAAUCUACAGUUUCAAUUUCCGGCAAUUUGUCCUCAAACAGUUUCUUGUGUAUGGAAAAUGGAACCCAGAUUUUCAAACCAACAGAAGACCCAUCAGAGUGUGUGAAGGAAGUUAAAUCAUUAAUGUGGGUGUAUGUACUGGUUGGAAAUAUUAUACGUGGAAUUGGUGAAACUCCCAUCAUGCCUUUGGGUAUUUCCUACAUAGAAGAUUUUGCCAAAUCUGAAAACUCUCCUUUGUAUAUUGGGUUAAUCGAAACAGGAGCUAUCAUUGGUCCUUUGAUUGGUCUUUCAUUAGCGUCAUUCUGUGCAAAUGUUUAUGUUGACAGUGAAUCGGUGAACACAGACGAUCUGACCAUAACUCCCACUGAUACGCGUUGGGUUGGUGCAUGGUGGAUUGGCUUUUUGAUUUGUGCAGGAGUGAAUGUGCUCACUGCCAUUCCUUUUUUCUUUUUGCCCAAAAUGCUUCCAAAGGAAGGACUAGAGGAUAAUGCUGAGACCAUUAAAAAUGACAAAGAGAAACAAGCAGACAUCAAGAAGGAAAGGGAUGGAAUCACUAAAGAUUUUUUACCCUUCAUGAAAAGUCUUUUAUUCAACCCAAUUUACAUGCUUUUCAUACUGAUAAGUGUGCUGCAGUUCAACGCAUUUGUCAGUAUGAUUUCCUUCAUGCCUAAAUAUAUGGAACAGCACUAUGGAAAAUCAACUUCAGAGGCAAUCUUUCUCAUGGGUAUUUAUAACUUCCCUCCAAUAUGCAUUGGAUAUAUAGUUGGCGGUUUAAUUAUGAAGAAGUUCAAGAUUACUGUCAUACAAGCUGCCCACAUAGGAUGUUGGUUAUCUUUUAUUGAGUAUCUUUUCUAUUUUUUGUGUUUUUUCAUGAUCUGUGAUAGUUCUUCAGUUGCUGGCAUCACCAUGUCUUAUGAAGGAGUGCAUCAAGAUUUACAUGUGGAAAAUUUCCUUGCUGACUGCAACAUGGAUUGUAACUGUCCAACUACAGUGUGGGACCCUGUGUGUGGAGACAAUGGCUUGUCAUACAUGUCAGCUUGUCUUGCUGGUUGUGAGAUAUCCUCUGGCACAGGAAGAAAAAUGGUGUUCCAAAAUUGUAGCUGCAUACGAACACCAGGAAAUUCAUCUGCAGUUCUUGGGCUAUGUGCCAAAGGAAAGGACUGUUCCAUGAUGCUACAGUACUUUUUAAUCUUGUCCGUGUUCAGUAGUUUCCUAUAUUCUUUAUCUGCCAUACCUGGAUAUAUGGUUCUCCUGAGGUGUGUCAAGCCUGAAGAGAAGUCUCUUGGCGUGGGAUUACAUGCAUUCUGUACACGAAUACUUGCUGGAAUUCCUGCACCUAUAUAUUUUGGAGCUUUGGUGGACUCCACAUGUUUACACUGGGGAACUUUGAAGUGUGGUGAGUCAGGGGCAUGCAGGAUAUAUGAUUCCACCAGCUUCAGAUACAUCUACCUUGGAUUACCGGCAGCACUAAGAGGAUCAAGCUAUAUUCCAGCCUUUUUGAUCCUCUUUAUUUUGAGGAAGUAUCGACUACCUGAGGAAAAUGCCUCUUCAGAAACUAUGCUUGUGGCAAAGUUUACAGGGAAGGAAAAUGAGGGCAAAGAAAUGGAUCAAAAUGCCAAAGUUUUGAAUGACGGUGAAUUGAAAACAAAGCUAUAA